ACGACAAUAAAAAUUUAUUAAUUACAUCUCCAUUUUUAUUUAAUGGAAUGUACUAUCAAAAUUAUAUUUUUCUUUCCUUCAAAGGAACAAGUUGAUGCAUGAUGAUGAGGUGAAUGAAUAGAUAGCCUACUACAUGUCGCGGGAACAAAAUAAUAGCAUGUCAAUGACAAUAUGUAAUAGAUACAAAGAUGUGUUGACUUUUUGGUAAAGGAAGAACUUAAAGAAAAUAUCAGUCAAAAAAAAACUUAAAGAAAAUAUCAGUUUCUCGUUUUGGUGAUAAGGGUACACUGCUCUAUUUAUUUUUAGAUUUGGUGGAAGUGAGUGAGAGUCAUAAAGCUGCAAGCCGUUGGAUUUAAUGACAAAGGUGUGACGCAGAAUGAAGCGGCCGGCUUCUAUUUCCUCUGCAGAUCCAACGGCUUAAUUAGCUAAAAAAGUUCUCCUGGUAGAUAAUAGUAAAAAGAGGAUGAUGCAUCAUCUCCUUUAAUUUACAGAGAAGGAACCAAAACAUUAAAUACUAGUAGAUGUAACUUGUAACAGAGUGUGUCUCUGCAGCUAUCUUUAAAGUCCAGUCUAUCUUCGAACUCUGCCUCAGGUGUAUAAUCAAAUCCAUAUUUCAAAAAAAAAAACCUCUUUCUCAAAUCCUAGCCCUCCAUUUGACCUCCCUGUAAGCCCAAUUAAGUUAUUAGAGGGCAUCAACAUUAUUAUUUGGUCUACUGGACCUCACUCCAAAUACUAAAAUAAAAAAUGGGCUUUAUUAGUCUGCACAAGACUUAACUUAAGGAUCCGUUAUGUUAUUUCGUCAAGAAAAACAUGCAAAGCAAAACAAAGAAGAGAAUACUAAAAGGACAAAAAGCUUUAAAACAAAAAAAGAGCGUGAACGGCAGGAUUCGAACCUGCGCGGGCAGAGCCCACAUGAUUUCUAGUCAUGCCCGAUAACCACUCCGGCACGUCCACUUAUGUUGAGAGCUUUCAAUUUGUUAGAUUCAAAACACUUUACCUGAUUCGAGAGUUUAAUAUCGUUGACACUCUCUGGGCUCAAAUUGACAGUUCUCUCUCGAUCAGGAGGAAGAAGGAAACAGGGUGCGUUAAGGCUUUGUGUGUAAGUAGUAUCUGCCAAGGACUAAGAUGUCCCAGAAGCGAAAUCUUCCUUCUUGGAUCAGUUCAAGGGAUCCUCCUCAUCCUCAUCCUCAGCCUGAGAGUAAGAAGAAGCCCAAGGAUGAUGCUGAUGAUGAGCACAACAUUCGAAAUGCUCCUCAGUCAAGUUCAACUACCAUGGAUUUCUCUAAACUUCUGGAAGGAGUUGUUUUUGUGUUGUCGGGCUUUGUUAACCCUGAGAGGAGUACACUAAGGUCCCAGGCCUUGUCAAUGGGAGCCACUUAUCAGCCUGACUGGAACUCUGACUCCACCUUGUUGAUUUGUGCUUUUCCCAACACUCCUAAGUUCCGUCAAGUCCAAUCUAACUCUGGAACCAUUGUCUCUAAGGACUGGAUAGCUGAGUGUUAUACGCAGAAGAAGCUGGUGGAUAUUGAGCAAUACCUUCUGCAUGCUGGAAAACCAUGGAGGAAGACCAGUGCUCCCCAAAAUACUACUAUUCGAGAAAAGAAGAAACAGUUGUCUAUAAAAUCAGAGGAGAAUCAAGUAGAGACAAAACCAGGAACAAGGGGAACGUCAUCUGCUUCAUCCAAGAAUAGACCAGCUUGCAAUACAGUGGAAGAGCCCUUUUCUGUUACCGAGGUGAAGAAGUGGGCAAGGGAUGACCUAACUGAAACCAUCUCAUGGCUAGAGAGUCAGGAGGAGAAACCAGCACCAGGAGAUAUCAAGCGAAUAGCUGCAGAAGGAGUCUUAACCUGUUUACAAGACGCCAUAGAUUCCCUUGAGCAAAAAAAGGACGUUGGAUCAGUGACGGAGCUGUGGAGCUUUGUCCCUCGCGUAGUGAAGGAGCUUGGAAAGAUGGAGUCUUCUUCAAAAACAGAAAACUCCACAGCUUCAAAGGAUCAACUCUGCAAACAAGCAAAGUCGUGGAAAAAGAUUUACGAGGCUGAGCUAGCACAAAAGGGUGAAGAAGAAGAAGAAGCAAAAAGCAGAAGGACCUCUGGGGUUGCUUCUGGAUACGACAGUGAUGAAACCGUUGAAAUGACUGAAGAAGAGAUCGAGCAUGCUUACAGGAACGUUUCUGUAGAGUCUCAUUAGAUCAAACUUGUUUCAUUUUGCUUGCAUAUGAUGAAGAGCACACAGAACGUUGCCUUUUCGGUUUGUUCGGUUUAGUUUUUAAUCUUUGCAGCUCGAAUCGAUUGCACUAAUUCGGUUUUUGAUUAUGAAUUGAUUUGCGGUUCUACAA